AAGAGAUGUAAAGGAGGCAACGGUUGGAAUAGUUGAGCUGAUGGAUGGAGGAGAGCAGAUGUGAUGAGAGGGUACACCAGAGAUGGGAAGCGGAGGAUGGGAGAAGGAGGGAAGGGGAGGAGAGCAGGCGGCGGAAGUCGGCGGGUCGCUGCUGGUUGGUUCGGCGCCGGUGGAGGGAGUCAUUCCUGCAGCAGUGCUUCCGGUCGGCAUUUUGUUCUGCGAGAGAGUCUGUGUGGAUUCUUUUAUGAGCGCCCAGCAGCUUUUCGGCACCAAAUCCUUUCUACCGUCGACCGGACUAAAGCGCUAUCUUCCGUAAGCGCCGGUGAGAGGAAUGAGUACCGCCCGUCAGUCUUCAUGUUUGCAUUGAGAGGAAGCGGUGCGACCCGGAUUAUUGUUGUGAGAGGGACACACCGAGCCCGAACCCCUCCACCUUCACCCUUCAACAGCAAAGCCUCAGCAAAAGAUGUAAAGGUAAAUAAGUGAGCAGCGACCUGUGCAUCCACGCGCGCUCCCUGCCCUUCUUCAGCAUGAAUGGGGAUAUGCCUCAUGUUCCUAUCACCACUCUCGCUGGGAUCGCAAGCCUCACUGACCUGUUGAAUCAGCUGCCCCUCCCUUCUCCUCUCCCUGCCACCACCACUAAGAGCCUGCUGUAUAAUGGGAGGAUUGCAGAGGAGGUCAACUGUCUGCUGUCCCACCGCGACGAUGCUCUUGUGUCUCAGCUGGCUCACAGCCUCAAUCAGGUGUCCACCGAACACAUAGAGUUAAAGGACAACUUAGGCAGCGAUGACCCGGAGGGAGAUGUGCCUCUACUGCUACAGACGGUGCUGUCCAGGAACCCCAAUGUUUUCAGGGAGAAAAGUACGCCCACCCGAUACGGGGUUCAGGGCGGUUUAAUGCAACAGCCAAUGAUACCAUCCUACAAGAUGCCUCAAAAUUCAAUGCACGGAAGCCCGGCAUCAAACUACCAGCAAACCACUAUAAGUCCGAGCCCUCCCAGCAGAUUCGUUCAAUCUCAGCCGGGUUCUGGUACCAGGUACAUGCCCCAGCAGAACAGUCCAGUGCCCAGCCCAUACGCCCCACAGAGCCCCGCAGACUACAUUCAGUAUAGUCACCCACCCAGCUACUCUCAACACCAACAGAUCCAGCAAGUGUCUGUAUCCAGUCCUGUAGUUCCUAGUGGAAUGAGAAACAUCCAUGACAACAAGGUCUCUGCGCAAGUGUCCGGCUCCAAUCAUAACUCGAGGCAUUGCUCCAAUGAUGAGUACAUCAACAUCGUCCAGAGGCUUGGAAAUGAUGAGAGUGACCCAGCUUUGAGAAAUGCAUCCUUUCCUGUUCGUUCUGUCUGCUCUCCUACUGGAAGUGAAGGAACUCCGAAAGUCGGUUCUCGCCCUCCCCUGAUUCUUCAGUCUCCUCCACCCUAUACCUCCCCAAGAGAUGCUGCUCCUGACCUCCUCUUGGACUCCCCCGAACGCAAAAAGAAGCAAAAAAAACUCAUGAAAGAGGAGGGAGGUAAAGGUGCCAUGUAUGAUAUUGUCAGCUCCCCCACAAAAGACUCAACCAAGCUUACGAUAAAGUUGUCUCGUGUGAAGUCUGCCGAAACGGAGCAGACAGCAGAGUCGUUGCAAGCCGUAGAGCACAGCUCUGACGCCGAAAACGAGCUGUCGUGCGGUAGCGUACCGUUCCAGCGGAACCCCCAGGAGCGGCUGACUGUGGGCCAGUGUCUCCCGGCGGAGCAGUCGGGCUACCAGCAGGUUCCUGUACUACAAAACACGGGGGCACUUGCAGCCAAGCAACCCGGGGUAGUUAGUGGAACCCCCUACGAUGAGGCAGAAUUGGAUGCUCUAGCAGAGAUAGAAAGAAUCGAGAGGGAAUCCGCUAUCGAACGAGAACGGUGCUCCAAAGAAGUUCAAGAUAAAGACAAACCUUUGAAGAAGAGAAAACAAGAUUCAUACCCUCAGGAACCAGGGGCUGGGGGCACCGCAGGCGCUUCAGGGACACCUGGGGUGGGAGGUGGUUGUAAUGCUGGAAACAAACUGGUACCUCAAGAGGCUUGUGCUGCUAGCAAUGGAGCCAGCCGGCCUGCCCUGAUGGUCAGUAUCGACCUGCAGCAAGCCGGCAGGGUGGAAGGGCCGCUAGACUCCUGUCCCGUUCCUGCAACAGAGGCUCAACGUCUGCCGGAGGACGGCUCGGAAUCCACAGGGGUCUUGCGGCUGAAAUCCAAGACAGAUGGAGAGGUGCAGCGGCCAGUAGAUGGCCGACCCGAGGUUAUCAAAACGCCACAGAAAACCACGUCGGAAGGGCGACCGGAGACUCCCAAAAACAAGCACGACCACCGCAGGGAGAUCUCCAGCAAAACAAGUUCGGAAAAGAGAUCUGAUCUUUCCAAGCACAGACAUGACGGGAAGCCUGACAAAGUAAGAACUGAGGGAAGAAGUCAUGAAAGCUCACGGAAACAUGAGGGGCGAUUGGAGGCUACUCAAGAGAGUAAAGAGGAACGGCACAGAGAUCGGGACAGGGACAAUGAAGGCUCCAAAAUUCGCAAACCGGACACGUCUAAAUCAUCCAGCCGGGUGGAGCACAGUCGAGAGAAGGAACGGGAUAGAGAUAGGGGCAAAGAGCAGGAGAAGGAGCGGGAGAUGGAUCGGGACAAGGAACGGGUGAAGGAACAGGUGAAAGAACAGGAGAUGGAUCAGGAUAAGGUACAGGAGAUGGACCGGGACAAGGAACGGGUGAAGGAUCGGGACAAGGAAAGGGUGAUGGAUCAAGACAAGGAGCGGGUGAAAGAUCGGGACAAGGAACGGGUGAUGGAUCGGGACAAGGAGCGGGUGAAAGAUCGGGACAAGGAACGAGUGAAAGAUCGGGACAAGGAACGGGUGAAGGAACGAGAGAGAGAAAGAGACAAAGACCGAGAGAGGAAUCGUGACAAAGAACGAGACAGGGACAAGGACCGAGAAAGGAAACACAAAAACACAGAAUCAACAGAGCACAGGGACAAACGGUCUCCUGAGCAGCGCUCGCGACCUGACAGUCCUCGAGUGAAGCAGGAACCCCGGAGAGGAGGAGAAUCCAAAAUAAAAUCUGAGAAGCCAGUUCUUAAAUCUCCUAACAACAAAGACGAGAAGCGUAGCGGUGACAUCAAGAACCGGAUUGACGGACAUAAACCACCGUCAGAAUCCAAGAUGGCAGAAUUUCCCAACUACCUGCUGGGAGGCAAAUCAAGUGCAUUAAAGAACUUUGUCAUUCCUAAAUUGAAACGAGACAAAGAUGGAAAAGUGAUGUCGGAUGUGCAGCGGUCUAUAGAGUGUUUUCCCGAGCCACGUGUGAAACUGGAGAAACUGAACCUAGUAGAGGAAGUAAACAGGGGCGCUAAACCUGUUGUCGUUCUAAAGAAACUUUCCAUCGAUGAGGUCCAGAGGAUUAUCAGUAAUUCACGCAGACCAAGCAAGAGCAAGGCUUACAGCAAAUCAUUCUCAGAAAUGGACUCCAGUUUGCCAUUGUGUGAGAGAGUAAAGGUGAAUAAACGCAGACGCAGCGCUACCAACGACAAGCCCAAGUAUGCUGAGGUCAGCUCAAAUGAAGACAACGAUUCUGAAGCGUUCACCCCAAAGCGUUCGAAAAGAGACAAGGACAGAACGUUGGAGAAUGAAGAAAAGGACCGGAAGGGUUCUGGAGAUCAUAGGCGGAGCGGAGGACAUCACGACAGUCGGAAAAGCUCAGGCAAUCGACACAGAGACCGGAGCCCAGAGGACUCUGACGAGGACACGCCGCCACCUAGCUUAAGUGACCUUGCCAGGAAGUUGAAGAAAAAGGAAAAACUAAAAAAGAGAAAAGCCUACGAGCCCAAAUUGACUCAGGACGAAAUGAUGGACUCAUCCACAUUCAAGAGGUUUUCCACCAGUGUUGACAAUAUUCUUGAAAACCUUGAAGAUGUUGACUUCACAUCAUUAGAUGAUGAUGAGAUCCCUCAGGAGUUACUGCUCGGAAAACAGCAGCUCUCAGAAUUAAGCAGCGAAUCUGCCAAAAUAAAGGCCAUGGGCAUCAUGCAUAAGAUUCCAUCUGAUAAGUUAGUGAAGGUCCAAAGUAUUUUAGAGAAAAACAUUCAGGAUGGUGCAAAGCUCUCCACCCUCAUGAAUCACGGCAACGACAGGGAUGAUGAGGAACGAUUGUGGCGUGACCUCAUAAUGGAACGAGUCACAAAAUCUGCUGACGCUUGUCUGACGGCUCUUAACAUCAUGAACUCCGUGCGGAUGCCGAAGGCUGUGUACAUCGAGGAUGUUAUAGAGAGGAUCUUACAGUACACAAAGUUCCAUCUACAGAACACGUUGUAUCCGCAGUACGACCCCGUCUACAGGGUGGACCCUCAUGGAGGAGGAAUGCUCAGCUCGAAAGCCAAGCGAGCAAAGUGCUCAACGCACAAGCAGAGAGUAACCGUCAUGCUUUACAAUAAAGUAUGUGACGUUAUCAGCAACAUUUCUGAACUGCUUGAGAUUCAGUUGAUGACAGACACGACCAUCCUUCAGGUCUCGUCGCUGGGCAUCACACCUUUUUUUGUUGAGAACGUGAGCGAGCUGCAGCUUUGUGCCAUUAAGCUGGUGACGGCUGUGUUCUCUAGAUAUGAAAAACACAGACAGCUGAUCCUAGAAGAGAUCUUCACCUCUCUCGCCCGUCUGCCAACCAGCAAGAGAAACUUAAGAAACUUCAGACUGAACAGCAGUGAUAAGGAUGGGGAGCCCAUAUACAUUCAGAUGGUAACAGCCCUAGUUCUACAGCUCAUUCAGUGUGUGGUCCAUCUGCCUAAUGAGAAAGAUUCAGAUGAUGAAAGUGACAGGAAGUUUGAUAAGGAUGUACUAAUCACAAACUUCUAUGAGACCGCAAUGAGAACAGCACAAAACUUCCUCUCCGUUUUCCUCAAAAAGUGCGGUAGUAAGCAGGGCGAAGAUGACUACAGGCCGCUGUUUGAAAACUUUGUUCAGGAUCUUCUGUCCACUGUGAAUAAACCCGAUUGGCCCGCUGCAGAGCUGCUACUAAGCCUUCUGGGAAGGCUACUGGUUCACCAGUUUAGUAAUAAGCAAACAGAGAUGGCUUUGAGGGUGGCUUCUUUGGAUUAUCUGGGCACCGUGGCCGCACGUCUUCGCAAAGAUGCAGUGACCAGCCAAAUGGACCAGCGCUCCAUCGACCGUAUCCUAGGAGAGAGUUCUGGCAGCGAUGAGAUUCAGCAGCUACAGAAGGCUCUGUUGAGUUACCUGGAAGAGAACAUGGAGACUGAUCCAUCUCUUGUGUUUGCACGCAAGUUCUACAUCGCACAGUGGUUCAGGGACACCAGCAUGGAAACGGAGAAAGCUAUGAAAUCUCAUAGAGACGAUGACUCGUCCGACGGGCAGCAUCAUGCCAAGGACAUCGAGUCUACUAGUGAGAUCAUGCAGAAAGCCGAAGCCCGCAAGAAGUUCCUCCGGUCUGUUGUCAAGACUGCACCAUCAAAGUUUAGCUCACUAAGAAACUCGGAUACUGUGGACUAUGAGGACUCGUGUCUUAUCGUGCGAUAUCUGGCCUCUAUGAGGCCGUUUGCACAGAGCUUUGAUAUUUAUCUCACACAGAUCUUGAGAGUCCUCGGUGAAAGUGCCAUCGCAGUGAGAACAAAAGCGAUGAAAUGUCUUUCUGAAGUCGUUGCGGUGGAUCCCAGCAUUCUGGCCCGGUUGGACAUGCAGCGAGGAGUUCACGGGCGAUUGAUGGAUAACUCCACCAGUGUUAGAGAGGCUGCAGUGGAGCUGUUGGGCCGGUUUGUACUGAGCCGACCGCAGCUAACCGAACAGUAUUAUGACAUGUUGAUCGAGCGGAUCCUGGACACAGGCAUCAGUGUGAGGAAGAGGGUUAUUAAAAUCCUGCGAGACAUCUGUCUGGAGCAGCCCACCUUCAACAAGGUUACUGAAAUGUGUGUCAAGAUGAUCAGAAGAGUCAAUGAUGAGGAAGGCAUCAAGAAAUUGGUGAACGAGACGUUUCAGAAACUGUGGUUUACCCCCACGCCGAAUCACGAUAAAGAGGCCAUGACUCGAAAGAUUCUCAACAUCACGGAUGUGGUCGCUGCAUGCAGAGAUUCGGGUUAUGACUGGUUCGAGCAGCUGCUGCAGAAUCUGCUGAAGACAGAAGAGGACGCUUCCUACAAACCGGCCAGGAAGGCUUGUGUUCAGCUGGUGGACAGUCUGGUGGAGCAUAUUAUCAAAUACGAGGAAUCUCUCGCUGAUGGUGACAACAAGGGGCUGGCAUCGAACCUGGUGGCGUGUAUCACCACACUGUAUCUUUUCAGCAAAAUCCGACCUCAGCUGAUGGUGAAACACGCCAUGACUAUGCAGCCCUACCUCACUACAAAGUGUAAUAGUCAAAGUGAUUUCAUGGUGAUCUGCAAUGUGGCAAAAAUCCUGGAGCUUGUGAUUCCUUUGAUGGAUCAUCCGAGUGAAACCUUCCUCACCACCAUCGAAGAAGAUCUUAUGAAGCUCAUCAUCAAAUACGGCAUGACGGUUGUGCAGCACUGCGUAAGUUGUCUCGGCGCUGUUGUCAAUAAGGUCACCCAUAACUUUAAGUUUGUCUGGGCUUGUUUUAAUCGAUACUAUGGAGCGCUGAACAAGCUGAAGUUACAGCAUCAGGAAGAUCCAAACAGCAGCGUUCUGGUAUCAAAUAAACCAGCGCUGUUGCGGUCACUGUUUACUGUGGGAGCACUGUGCAGACACUUUGACUUUGACCAAGAAGAGUUUAAAGGCAGUAAUAAGGUGGUCAUAAAAGACAAAGUGAUGGAGCUGCUACUGUAUUUCACUAAGAAUGAGGACGAGGAGGUGCAGACUAAGGCCAUCAUAGGUUUAGGGUUCCUGUGCAUCCAGCACCCAGAGUUGAUGUUUUCUCCAGAUAUUAAAAACCCUUACAACACUCUCAUGGCUGACAGGAAGACAUCUGUGAACCUGAAGAUCCAGGUGCUGAAAAACCUGCAGAUGUACCUGCAGGAGGAGGACUCGCGCAUGCAAGAGGCCGAUAGGGAGUGGAAGAAAAUGGCCAAGCAGGAGGACCUGAAGGAGAUGGGCGACAUCUCGUCUGGCAUGAGCAGUUCCAUCAUGCAACUCUACCUCAAGCAGGUGUUGGAGUGUUUCUUCCACACGCAGUCCAGCGUACGGCACUUCGCCCUAAACGUCAUCGCUCUGACUCUCAACCAGGGCCUCGUUCACCCCGUACAGUGUGUUCCAUAUCUUAUCGCCAUGGGAACGGAUUCCGAACCCACAAUGAGGAAUAAAUCCGAUCUACAACUCGUAGAGAUUGAUAAGAAAUACAGCGGAUUCAUUCACAUGAAGGCCGUGGCGGGGUUGAAAAUGUCCUAUCAGGUACAACAAGCCAUCGUGGGUUCUCAGAAGACGGUGGUCAGGGGCUUCCGACAGGAUGAGACAAGCGGGGCACUGUGUUCUCAUCUCUACAGCAUGGUGCGAGGCAACAGACAACACCGAAGGGCUUUCCUCAUCUCACUGCUUAACCUGUUUGACGACAGUUCGAAGUCAGACGUGAACAUGCUUUUGUUUGUUGCGGACAAUCUGGCCACCUUCCCUUAUCAGAGUCAGGACGAGCCGCUGUUUAUCAUGCAUCAUGUAGACAUCACACUGUCUGUGUCCGGCAGCAACCUGAUGCAGUCUUUUAAAGAGUCUUUGCUGAAAGAGCCAAGACAACGAGAAAAGAAGAAGAAGAAGAAAAAGAAGAGAGGGAAAAGAUGCGGCUCUGAGGAAGAUGAAGAUGAGAGCAGCAGGGCAAGCACCAGCGACAGUAGUGAUGACGAUGUCAUCCGUCGGCCGAAGAAACCCAAGCAAGCUGGGCCGGUGGACUCGGACUUCGAUUCGGACCUCGAGGAUGUCGACAAAGUGAUGCAGCAUCUCCCUGACAACCCGAUUCCCCUGCUAGAUUUCGCGAGCGCGUCUCAGGGUAUCCUGCUUCUUCUGAUGCUCAAGCAGCACCUUAAGAACCUCUACGGCUUCUCUGAUAGUAAAAUUCAGAAGUACUCGCCUACGGAAUCUGCAAAAGUGUACGACAAGGCUGUAAACCGGAAGGCCAAUGUGCAUUUCAACCCACGGCAGACAAUGGAUUACCUGACCAACAACUUGUCCAAUGCAGAUCUCACGUACGACGCCAAGAGGAGGAUCGUCAGACAGUAUUUAGAUUUUAAGGUACUGAUGGAGCACUUGGACCCAGACGAGGAAGAUGAAGAGGGAGAAGCUUCAGCCAGCAGCCACGCAAGAAAUAAAGCCAUCACUGCUCUGCUAGGAGCAUCCAGUCCCAAGAAUCACGCUACUGAUUCGUACGACGACGACAGUGAUGCAGACGAAAAGACCCCAGGGUCAUCACGGCGAUCAAGGAAAGGUGGAGAUUCGGCGGUAGCAUCAGGUCAUAUGAACAAAACCGUUGAAGCCAUGGACGUCAUCGCUAUCUACUGUCCUAAAUAUAAGGACCGGCCGCAGAUAGCGCGUGUCAUUCAGAAAACGAGUACAGGCUACAGCGUUCACUGGAUGGCCGGCUCCUACUCGGGCACCUGGGCAAAAGCUAAGAAACGCGACGGACGAAAACAGGUGCCUUGGGUGGACAAUAUAAAGGAGUCCGACAUUAUCUACAAGAAAAUUGCCUUGACAAGCGCGCACAAACUGACCAAUAAAAUGGUGCAUACUUUACGUUCACUGUACGCAGCCAAGGAAGGAACUUCCAGCUAAUUAAAUCUGUAAUAACUCUGGAACUGUUACACUCGACAAACUCUCAGCAGCCAAACUUUAUCAGGAUUCAGCUUUUUGUAAACUAAGUGUGAAAGAAAAGAGUAUUACAGACCGAUUUUAAGAUCCGACGUGGAACUGGCCGAAUUGACACAAUUUUAAAAGUGGUUUUAAAAGUGUGGUCUGAAUUGUAGAUGUGGAUCCUGUACAUCUUUUAAGUUAAACGGAAAUGAAAUAAUCGUUUGGGAGCUCCUUCGCUGUUGUGCAGCAACUUGGUUGUUUGAAUUUUUUCCCCCACUGUAUUAUAGUUUAACAAAAAAACGGAAGCGAAAAAUGUUUAUAUCUCUGACAAAAAAAAUCUGUUUAAAGAAAUAAACCUACAGUGAAUGUUGGAAAUUAGUCUGUUGAUGUUCUUAAUAAAGUGACCUUGGAGUUUAACCUAGCACCCGCUGGAUUUCUUUAGCUUAGCUCAGUUUCCAGGGAAAUAAACUUUUAAACAUCUCCUCUGCUUUGUUUUAUUCUUUUGGUUACUGUGCUGUAAAAUGGAGUCUCCUGGACAUAAUUUAUUCGGUUGAAAGCAGAGCAUGCAGUAUCUGUUGCCUACAUGAAAGGGAGGUUUUUGUAAAUGUAGAUUUUGAUGUACUGGGUCAGGGUCCGAGUCUCUAAACCCCACGGCGGGAAAAGGGACCCCAAGCAUGUGUGGAGGAGCAAAUACUGCAAUAAAUUUUUGUACUUCUCUUUG